AUGCAGGGACUGAGAGUCUUGCUGCCAGUGAGGCGUUCCUUGCACAGACAUGGCUUUGUCUUACAUAACAGAAGCUUUUCUGCUCAACUCAACUAUGCCCAAUACGAUGAUAUUCAAGAACAGGUUUUGGUUGAAGGAAGAGCUAAUUCAAGAGCAGCCAUACUCAACAGACCAACUGCACUAAACGCUCUCACUACUUCUAUGGCGGCUCGGUUGAAGAGACUGUAUGAGUCAUGGGAGGAAAACCCAGAUAUUGGAUUUGUCAUAAUGAAGGGUAGUGGCAAAGCAUUCUGUUCCGGCGGGGAUGUUGUUACACUUUAUCAGUUGCUUAAUGAAGGUGGGCAGCUAUCAAUCUUUUUUGCUUGCUAG